CCGCUAACAAGUUCGUCUCACACUUACAGAAUUCCGAAAUUCCAGAUCUCGAAUUGCCAUGAAAAACUGUUCUUAGCGGCUUCUCGACUUGACGCCUUAUCUUGAGCACUGACAGUGGCAAUCAUCGAAGCUCAAGAAGAGAAUUCAAACGUUGGUCUCGAAACUUGGAUCUCGAUUACAAGGUGUCCAAGUAAGCCAUCUUUGUGUUUCUGCACCAGUCUGAGUCCUGCUCUCGUACUAUUGCCAACUGUUUGAUUUGGGAAGGGUCAAAAUGGUGGUUCUUGCAGCUUCUGUUAUAAGUAAGUCUGGUAAAGCACUGGUUUCAAGGCAAUUUGUGGACAUGUCUCGUAUAAGGAUUGAAGGAUUACUUGCAGCUUUUCCCAAGUUGGUUGGCACAGGAAGACAACAUACAUAUGUCGAGACGGAGAAUGUCCGUUAUGUGUACCAGCCAAUAGAAGCUCUAUAUUUGCUGCUCGUAACAAACAAACAGAGCAACAUUCUUGAAGAUUUGGAGACAUUGAGACUGCUCUCUAAACUUGUACCUGAAUAUUCUCCAUCUCUAGAAGAAGAGGGUAUUUGCAAGGCUGCUUUUGAGCUGAUUUUUGCUUUUGAUGAAGUCAUCGCCCUUGGACACAGAGAAAGUGUAACCGUUGCACAGGUAAAGCAGUACUGUGAGAUGGACAGUCACGAAGAGAGAUUGCACAAACUGGUAAUGCAGAGCAAGAUCAAUGAAACCAAGGACAUCAUGAAGCGCAAAGCUAGCGAGAUUGACAAAAGCAAGAUUGAUAGGACUAGAAGUGAAAAGGGGGGUUAUAUGUCUCUCCAAUCGGCAGGUUCAGGAAGAAUUGAGAAUAGCUUUUCCGAAAUGAGCAUAUCUAGUAGUAGCAGUGGUUUUGGAGGUGGAUUGAGUACUGAAGUGGAAACCUUUUCUAGCAAGUCCAAAGGUCGUCCCUCUGCAUCUGCCACUGCUCCUCCCAAAGGGCUUGGUAUGAAGCUUGGCAAAACACAGAGGACAAACCAAUUCUUGGAAUCUCUUAAAGCUGAAGGUGAAGUGAUUCUUGAGGACAUGCAACCAACUGCUAGUCAGGCCGUAUCAGCUGCUCCACCACCAACUGAUCCUAUCACAUUGACUGUUGAAGAGAAGCUUAAUGUGUCACUGAAGCGAGAUGGUGGGGUCAGUAACUUUGAUGUUCAAGGUACCCUUUCUCUCCAGAUUCUUAAGCAGGAGGAUGCAUUUAUUCAAGUCCAGAUUGAAGCUGGGGAAAACGCUAGCAUCGUUUUCAAAACUCACCCUAAUAUCAACAAAGAGUUAUUCUCCAACGAAAAUAUUCUCGGCUUGAAGGAUCCUAAUAGGCCUUUUCCGACUGCUCAAGCUGGUGAUGCAACAGGAGUUGGUCUUUUGAAGUGGAGAAUGCAGAGUGUGGAUGAGUCAGUCGUGCCAUUGACAAUUAACUGCUGGCCCUCUGUAUCUGGAAGUGAAACAUAUGUCAGCAUAGAAUAUGAAUCUUCAUCGAUGUUUGACCUGCAAAAUGUUGUGAUAUCGGUACCUCUUCCUGCACUUCGGGAGGCACCAACUGUGAGGCAGAUUGAUGGGGAGUGGAGGUACGAUGCAAGGAAUUCCACAUUGGAGUGGUCCAUACUACUUAUUGAUGGGUCCAACCGCAGUGGGUCAAUGGAGUUUGUUGUUCCUCCGGCAGAUACAUCUAUUUUCUUUCCCAUUUCAGUCAGGUUCACUGCUGCAAAGACAUUCAGUGAUCUAAAGGUCAUGAAUAUACUGCCACUUAGAGGUGGUCCUUCUUCAAAGUUCUCUCAGCGAACACAGUUGGUCACAGAGAGCUAUCAGGUGGUGUGAUUUUGAUGAAUAUGAUGACAAGUGGUUGAGGCCUGCGCUGCUUUCAAAGUGGUGAUUUCUUCACUGGCUUGUUUGAUGUUUUCGGCAUAUAAAUGUAUUCAUCCAUGGCGAAUUUUCACUGUUUUCUUGCUAUGAAAGUUAAGCUAAGUAGUGUUAUUUCAAGGUUGGGUUUGCUUCUUCAGGUAUUUUUCCUAUUAGUGUUGAAAAAUACUAAAACACUAGCCAUAUGAGAGUGAAGAGUGUAUCCUUCAUCUGAAUUCUGAAACUGUUGGGAAGUUCCCCACAUUUCGUUGUCAUCUAUCUAGAAAAUUAUAUUAUGGUAAUAGGAUGGACACUGAAUUUGAAUAGCCUGGAUAUUGUUUGAAA